UAUAUCGAUUUGCAUUCCAACAGGCCACCUAAUUCUAAGUUUUGAUCAGCUCAUUCAUGGCGAUUCCGUUGCUCCUUCUUCUUGUACUAGUAGCAGCGCCACGGUCAGUGCAAGCAUCGCGGCAGUUGCAUUUGCAUUUGCAUCCCAUCGUCCUCGUGCCGGGCUACGCCAGCAACGAGCUCGACGCGCGGCUCACCCAGCUCUACCGGCCUUCGUCCCUGCGCUGUGGCGAGCGCAAGGGGCAGGGCUGGUUUCGCCUCUUCCUCAACCAGUCGGCCCUCCGUGACCCCGCCGGAGUGCGCUGCUUCGGCGAGCAGAUGAGCACCGUGUACGACGCCGCCUCCGACGACUACUACAACGUCCCCGGCGUCGAGACGCGCGUCCCGUUCUUCGGCUCCACCAAAGCUUUCCGCUAUCCCGAUCCAGACGACAAGAAUUUCUCCUACAUGGAGAAGUUGGUGGAGCGGCUGGAGAAGAUGGGCUACCGAGACGGCGAGACCAUGUUCGGCGCGCCAUACGACUUCCGCUACGCCGUCGCGCCGGUGGGGCGCCCGUCCAGGGUCGGCUCCGCGUUCUUCAGAGCGCUCAAGAGCCUUGUCGAGAGGGCGAGCCAGCUCAACGGCGGCAGGCCGGUGAUAAUCUUCACGCACAGCUACGGCGGCACGCUGGCGCAGCAGUUCCUCGUCCGGCGGCCACUGCCCUGGCGCAGAAGGUUCGUGAGGCGCUUCGUGCCCGUCGCCGCUCCGUGGGGAGGGCUCGUCCUGGGGAUGCAGGUGCUCCUCUCCGGGAACAACCUGGCCCUGCCGUUCGUCGACCCCCUGGCGCUGCGUCAGGAGUACAGGAGCCUUCAGAGCAGCCUCUGGCCGCUGCCCAGCCCGGCGGUCUUCGGCACCGCGCAGCCAUUGGUGACAACCAAGAGCAGGAACUACUCGGCCGGCGACGUGGCGGACUUCCUUGGCGCCAUAGGGCUCGGCGAGGCCGUCGAGCCUUACGAGUCCCGCGUGCUACCUCUGUUCGGAGAGUUGCCGGCUCCUUUGAGGGUGCCAGUGAGCUGCGUGGUCGGAGUCGGGGUGGGGACGCCGGAGAGGAUGGUGUAUCCGGGGGAUGACUUCGAUGUGACGCCCGGAGUGGUCGUCGGGGACGGAGACGGGCUGGUGAACCUGGCGAGCCUCGUGGCGGUGGAGACGGCAUGGCGUCGUGCUGGCCAUUUUAGGAUGGUGAAGGUUCCGAACGUGUCCCAUACCGGCAUUCUUCUGGAGGAUCGUGCGCUGGACAUUGUCAUCCUGGAGAUUAAACUGGCUAAUUUAAUUAGUCCCAAAAUUUAAGCAUCUUGCUAUACUCCCGUGUUUCCGUCGUUGUCCCUACGUCUGAACUGAAUGAAAGGAUUAUCUAACUGUAGCGUGUUUUAAUUCAUAGUUUUGUCUUGGGAGAGAUUGUAGUAAUUAAAGUCAAUGAUAAUAUUAUCAAAUACUUUUACACUAGAAAA